AUGCGUUCUCGACAAAAGUUCCGUAGAUUUAAUCCGGAUCGUUGGUCCAAAGUCAGCCUUCGAAGCAUUGGGGGAGGCGUCCGGGCUUUGAACGGCGUAAAGGCAUUAAACGGAGUGAAUGUCCGUGUUUCACUACAAUGGAAGCGUCUUUCUAAUCGGCUUCAUCGCAUUCGUAGAAGAAGCCAAUUGGGUCGUCUCUCUAUCAAUGUUCGACCAAAUGGCUGUUGGCAAGCUUACUUUUUGAGUUCUCUUCCCUUACGAAGUUUGUCGCGCAUUUGGGGUCAGUUCAAUCGCGCUAAUUUACCCACUUUUUUAAGAUAUCCAGGGUUCAAGUUGUAUUCUUGGAUUUUUCGCUGCAAUCUAGACGAAUUAAAAGAUCCAAUUUUAAGCCAUUAUCGCAAUUUUCAGGAUUUCUUUUGUCGUGAACUGCGUCCAGAAGCUCGUCCAGUCGAUCCGGAUUCUUCGGUUGUUUCACCUGUAGAUGGAAGAAUAGUAUGUCAGGGCGUUGUUGACAAUAACUGCAUACAGCAUGUCAAGGGACUCUCCUAUUCCUUAGAAGCUCUUUUGGGUGGUGUUUCUACCGUUGAUCCUUCUAUUGUGGAUUUUGGACAAGAUUUAACUACCAAUUUAGUGAAGAAGCAUAACGACUUUGCUUCAAAAUAUUCCAUCCCUCCUUCCAAUGAUGGAUGUAAUCACUUUCCCCGAAAUGGAAAUGCAUCAUUAACCAGGGAAUCUUUGGCAUACUGCGAUAUGCAGAGCCAAAAUGAUUGGAACCAAACCAAUCCUGUGCAUACCCCUUAUUAUGACAAUUGUUGUCCUUUUUAUGCCUUUCAGGACGUGACUGGUGAUACAAACUCGGAUAUCUCAGAUGCAUCGGAUAUGAGUACUGACAGUUUUUACACUUCAAUUAUGGAAGGCGACUCCGACUCUGAAUUAGACGAACCGGGCAGUGCGACUCAUCCAAUUUUGGAUGAUGGAAUGCCGAACUGGGAUGUCUGGGUUCAAGAGGCAGACGUCGUCGACAUUGACUCUUUACCUUGGAGAAAUAUUCACCCUAAUAACCUUCUUUUUUAUUCUGUUAUUUAUUUAGCUCCUGGCGAUUAUCAUCGUUUUCACUCACCUGCCGAUUGGGUGAUUGAGUCAAGAAGACACUUUUCUGGUGAACUAUUUAGUGUAUCUCCGUUUUUAGCGAGAAGAUUGCAUAAUUUAUUUGUUUUGAAUGAGCGAGUUGCAUUGCUUGGUCGAUACAAGCAUGGGUUUAUGAGCAUGAUUCCAGUGGGUGCUACGAACGUUGGAAGUAUAGUAAUUGAUUGUGACCCUACGUUGUCAACAAACAGAAUGGUACUACGGAAGAAGUCGUUAGGCUCUUUUCAGGAAGCGGCGUAUAGUGAUGCAUCACCUGUUUUAAAUGGAGUGCCGAUUAAUCGAGGCGAACAGCUCGGUAGGUUUCAGCUAGGAAGCACCGUCGUGCUUGUCUUUGAAGCACCCGCUGAUUUCGAAUUUUCCACCCACCAAGGUCAAUACGUGCGCGUCGGGGAGGGUCUUUGA